UGCAGCAGGGGGAAUCCGAAGAGCUAUGAAGCGCUUUUUGUCACAGAUGUCCUCCAGUAGGGGGCACGGGGUAAUAACGUUACAAAGUACAAGAAAUGUAAACACAAUCACCGUAAACACACACCCGCUGCAGAUAGAGCGAAUUUUAAUUCGACGAGAGAAACAAAUCGAUGCAUCAUUAAUUGCAUUACAAGCAGCAACAACAAUAACAACCGCCAUUCACCACUAAGUGGUCCUGACAUCACUACGGCGCUUGCAUAACAAGCACUUCCAAUCGUCAACAACCACAGCGCCACGCUGAGCAGAGUGGAUGUCUUGGGUGAAUGUCCUCCCCGCGUCGAAACAUCCCUUCUUCAAGACAUCCCUCGGCUUCGCAAGACGUUCAUUCAGCAGACGUCUGCAGUGGCCGUCACCGCAACUGAAAUCUCAACUAACCUCCGCCCACUGGCCCACGCCAUCUCCUGGCUGUUCUUUCGCUGGGCGUUGUUGGAGGCUGGUCACUCCCUGUAGCAGUAGCAGCAGCACCAGUGUGGCGGGGAUGGAGCUGCACGCGGUGGUGCGUACGUUGGAGGAGCUGGCACCUCCAGCUCUGGCCGAGAGCUGGGAUAACGUGGGGCUGCUGGUGGAACCGAGCCCGCCGCACUGCGUCUCGACCCUGCUGCUCACCAACGACCUGACGGAGGAGGUCCUGCAGGAGGCCGUGCGACUGCCCGCCCAGAUGGUGCUCUCCUACCACCCGCCCGUGUUCGCGCCGCUGCGCUCGCUUACCAUGCGCUCCUGGAAGGAGAGGCUCGUGGUGACGGCGCUGGAGAACAGGGUGGCUGUCUACUCGCCACACACCUGCUACGACGCCCUGCGCGGAGGAGUCAACGAUUGGCUGGCAGAGGGCCUCGGCGAGGGCUCCGUGACCCCACUGAAGACAUCCGAGGCCUUGAAGCACCUGAGCCAGGGGAGCGUGCACGUGACGAGCGCUGCAAAAGCGGCGGACUGGCCCUCGCUGGCCGCCCAGCUGAAGGCGGUGUCUGGGCUCGUUCUCCACACCCUGCCCCUGCAGACUACGAAUGAGGGGGGAGAGUCGGCGGUGAUGCUCAGCAUGAACUGCACGGAGGGAGCCUUGCCCGAGACGCUGGCUUGCCUGUCCAACAACGAGCACGCGCACCGCCACACGGAGAUCACUGCCCUGCGCAAGCCACCGUUCCCCGGCACCGGCAUGGGUCGACUGUGCACGCUCGCCGAGCCGGUGUCCACAUCCACGCUGGUGUCGCGCAUAAAGCAGCACCUCCUGCUGCCCCACGUGAGGCUAGCGCUGGGAGCUGGGAAGUCGCCAGACUCGACAGUGCGGACCGUGGCGUUGUGUGCCGGCUCUGGGGGCAGUGUGCUCAAGGGUGUUCAGGCUGACCUCUACCUUACAGGGGAGCUGUCGCACCACGAGGUGCUGGACGCAGUGUCGCGGGGUGUCAGCGUCAUACUCUGCGAGCACAGCAACACCGAGCGUGGCUUCCUGCCCCGCCUGCGCCUCCUGCUGCUCGACAAGCUACAGCAGAAACUCAACAUUCACGUGUCUGAGGUCGACCGCGACCCCCUGACCGUCGUCUGAGAACGCCGGAGAGUUAUCUUUGGUUUCCAUCAGUUUAUUUCAUCGAGGGGUUGUUAUUAUACUAUCGUGCAGGUUGUUGCAGUCGUGUGCUGUACAUCUCUGCGAUGUACUUGCGGGUUGUACCACGUGCUGUUUGGCAUGAUGUCCGAUGUUUUGCUCCACAUGCUGCAAGCUUCUUCAGCAACUGAAUUGAGUUCCCGAUGAAGCUCCCAGUACGCGGGACAGUACAACUCGAAAAGAUAUUGGAGAGCUGUACAGCACAACGACUUUGGCCUCCGCAGUGGUAAGUUGUAGCCUCCCCGUGGUCUAUAUUCGAAGAAUUGGAACUGCGUUUAAUUUCUGUCAUUUUUCAUGCUAAAACACAUUAUGAAAACGAUUCAUUUUAUGCAGGAAUGCCUCGCUGAGUUGUCUUUGACAGGAGGACACUACAUUGGAAUUGAAAUGUUUGGUUGAUUCCUGUUAGUGUAAAUUCAUAUAAAAACUCAACAUUGUGCUAUAACAUAGAUAUAUAAUAGGCUAAUAUUUAUGCCAACGACCCUUUACAAUAUUCUUUUUAGAGUUUGGCCUUACUCUUAGGAAGGGCUUUUGCAUUAAAUGUUAGCCUAAUGAUGUAAAAUGUUAUUUUGCACCUUUCCAAAAACUGUCCUUUAUUUUUUUUCUGUUACACGAGGCUAUAGUUCCUUGGACAAAAUCAACAACAUACGUGAUAGGAUGUGGGUAAAAUCGGUUCAUAUAGGUCAGUGACCUACUUGGUGUACUGUCUACUGUCAAGCUCGUAUUCCUGGUGGUUGAGUCACUCAUGCUGCGAUGAAUCAGUUGAAAAAUAUUAAGUAUUGAAUAAAUGUGGUUGGAAAUAAUGGAUUAAAAACGAUGUAAACACUCA